AUGGUUCGACAAGUUAGUGAAAAGGUAGUUUUGGAGCAGAAGGCCUAUAUGUUGUUCUAUGUCCGAGAUAGAAGACAAUUGUCUCUAAGAAAGCCUGGUGAUGCUUUUAAGAAAGAAAGCUUGGUUGUAAAUCCUAUGGGAGCUAAUUUGCUUUCAAACUCUAAUCAAGGUCUAAAAGGAACAAUUCAAAAUGGGCCAGUUGAUAAAAAGGUAAAUGGUGUCAAUCCAAUUGCUGUUGUAGCCCAUAAGAAUGAAAAUAUUACUAGUUCACUGAAUGAAAACAUCAAGAAGGAAGCUUUGAUUCAAAAAACUGAUUCACCAAAAAUGGUAGAAAGCUUGGGGCUCACAAAAGAUUCUUCACUACAUGCUUCAUCUAAAGUACCAAUUUCCAAGGAUGCUGUAAAUAGGAAUGUGCUAACUAAUGAAUACAGUAAGGAGAAUGAUGUGAAGAAAUUGGGUAGCUUGGUUGCACCGGCACCCAGUUGCAGUAGCCUACUGAAUUUGAUUGCCAAGGAAGAGCCAAGUAAUGAGGUUGCAAAGCCAUCUAACAACACCGGAGGAGGAAGCACUAGGAAAAAUCUAAGUGAUUCCAUUCCCAGUGUCCCUAAUUGCUGCAAUGGGCAGAAUAAUUUUGGCAAUUUGUGUACAGCAGGAAAAACAGACAAAGUCUCUGAAAAGGAUUUUGGUGAUGAAAAAAUUGAGAAAAUUGAUCCUGCAAAGUCAUUAAAUCAUCUGAUACGUGAAAGUGGUGAGAUUUCCAGGAAGAGGACUGUUGAUAAUAGUAUUCAGCAAAUGGGUAUUAUGGAAUCAGCCAAAUCACUGAGCCUGCAAAUGAAACAUAGAUGUCAACAGGAUGCUCUUGAUUUUAAACGCCUCCCGAAAUUGAAGAAAAAGUUGCUUAAGUAUCAGGUUAUGACCAUGUACUUUAGCUCAAGCAUCCUUUUCAGUGCAUCAUUAAGCCUGCGGAAGAAGAUGCACAAAAGAAUUAAGAGGCGUGUUGCAAAGAUCAAGAAGCUUUCUCUGGAUCAUUUGUCUGAUAGGGAGGGUAGCACAGCAGAUUGUGGGCCAUCUACAUCUGAGAUUACUAAGACACUGUCUGUUGAUGAUGAUGCUCACUCUCAAAGUAGGCUCUUGAAAACCAGGUUGCAUAAGAAAGAUGAUAUUGGUCUUUCAAGGAAUAUAAAGAGUCCUAAUUGCAAUGUUGGGGAGGGGAUUAGUGAUGAACUUGGAGCCAGACGUGAUGAAAAUGGUGCUAUGCUUGCAAGGGAUAAGCAACCACAAAGAAAUUGUGGCUCAAGUCUGAUGGGAAGUCACCAAGAUGCUUUUGGGGCCAACUGUUCAAAAGAGAGCAGAAGAGUAUCCGGACACAGUGGUUUGAUGAGCAUACUUACCAGAGGUUUGGAGGAUAGAGUUGUAGCACGCUGGGAUGGACUAGAAUUGCCUACAUCUCAAAUUACAGAAUCCACUACUGCAGAGGCUGUUGGUAUUGGCUAUGUAGUUGAUGAAUGGAGUUCAUCUGAUCCCUGCCAUGGGAUGAAGAAUAUGACAGGGGAGGAGGAAGAAGGUGAGAAGCUUCAAGGAUGCUUUUGGUGGACUGAAUCCAUUCCAAGAAAUUGCAAGCAAGAAGGCAAAGUUGAAGAAGUUGAAGAUGGACCAAUCCAGCUCUGGAAACCAACCUUUCAGGAUAUAAGGGCGGUGUCUAUUGACUCCAUUCAGGGAGGAGCCUAA